CAAAGACGCCAAACUUCUGACGGAAGUAGUCGUGGAAUGAAAACUGAGGAACGGAGGGAAUUGUUCGAAAGUCAUGCGCAAUCUCCGUUCGGUCUCAAUAAACUGUCUGCUCGACUUGACAGGAGCCGUGUGAUGUCUGGCAAAGUUAAGCAGAAAUCGUCGGCAACGGCUGCGGACUCGUCGACCCAGUCCAUCAACGAGAAGAUUCUGAAAGAAUGUCACACCCUCUACAUAGACCCAGAUAAUGGCCUUGUAAAGAUUGCAGAGAGUUUGGGCCUAACAUUACUUGCACCCAGAAAAAAGAUCUCCGUCCUCUUAAUCGGCAAUCACUCAGCUGGAAAGAGUUCUUUCAUCAACUGGUAUGUUGAGGAAAAGGUUCAAAGAACAGGUGUUGCCAUUGAAACGCAAGGCUUCUCCAUUGUGACUAGUGGGAGGAAGCGAGAGUCGCUGACUGGAAAUGCUACACUCCAUCUUUAUCCCCAUUUCGAGCCUCUCAGGCAGAUUGAAGGUGUCACUGAUUACCUGACAACUGAGAUUUCCACGUCCAAACAAAAGCGCUUUAACCUCGUCAAGUUCAUAGACACGCCUGGCUUAGUGGAUGGAGACAUGCAAUAUCCAUUUGAUGUCAACAGAGCUAUUCUCUGGCUUGGGGACUUGGCAGAUCUGAUCUUCGUGUUCUUUGAUCCCAUUGGUCAAGCACUUUGUAAGAGGACCUUGAACAUCGUGGAGGAGCUCAGCAAUCACCACUCCGAGAUAAUGAGAUUUUAUCUCAGCAAAGCAGAUGAGGCCGGAGAUGAGAGUGACAGACAGAGAGUGCUAAUGCAGAUUGUACAGGAGCUAUGUAAGCGUCCCAACCUGAACCGUACAGGAUUUGAGAUGCCCACCAUCUAUGUACCAAACAUGAACCAGAAAGGUAGCUCUUGUGUCAACCAGAUUGAAGAGGUGUGUCAGGACAUUGAGAAAACGAUCAACCAGACCAUCCAAAACACUCUGAAUUCACUGGAGCGCGACUGUGACCAAAUUGCUACUCUAGUGGAGGAGAAACUUCAGAAAAACUUGGAAACAAGCAGUGAGAAUCUCCAGGCACGGUUCCGUGGGGCAUCCUUUGGGCUGCUUGGUGUCUUCAUUCCAUUCCUAAUGCUGACCACGUACCUCAUCUCAACGCAACAGAAAGUCAUGAAGGACAUAUUGGGAGAAAACAUUCUGGACACGCUAGGCAUAUACCUCGGUCCACUAGCGAGGGGAUGGAAGGCAAUCCCCAUCCAGUAUUCUACUUACAUCCUGUAUUUCAUCUUUGGGUUUACCCUUAUUAUGCUGUUAAUUGCAAGAUAUGUCUCAAGAACAAAACUGACUCUAUCCAGGAAGGAGAAGAGACAUUUGUCAGAAAUCAGAGAGUUUGUGCAGAACACAGUCAAAAAGAAGAAGGAGUCCCUGUACUCUGACUACCUGAAGCAGAGCGUGGCAGACCAUGAUUUAUGAGAGAGACUUUGUCUAAGUGAAAAGAACUAACUGCAAAAUGUUUGCUCUUGUCUCUAAACUGUUAAGUUAUUUGUGUUCAUUUUCUUAUUAAUUUGAUUUUUUUCUGGAAACAUCUUGAUUUUGUAGAAUAUAUAUUGAAAAUUGUUAGUUUUGAUUAAAGUUAAGUGUUGAUUAAAACAAUGCUCAAAUCUUUUGGGUCACAAAAAAGAGUUGGUUGAAUUUUUGUUCACUUUCAUACAUUACACUUGUGAAUGGAAGAUAUUUAUACUAUGUAUUCUUCAGAUAAUGAUCAUGAUUCAUUUUUUUUUGAGCAAAUAUGUUUAUGUCACAAACAAAUACUUCUUUGUAUGGACAAGAUAAUCCAUUUUGUGUUAAAGGCAGCUUUGAUAGAAUGGAGUUUAUUUUUGUGGAGUACCAUGAUGUAGAUAAUUUAGAUUAUUUUCAAAUCAUAGAAAAUAUUCUCAGGUGUUUCAUUGUGUUCAAUUGGCAGCUUCAUUACCCAUUAAAUAUAAUGAAAUCAU